AGGGGCGCAUCUUCGACCCCCUCCACGCUCACACUUUUUCUCUCCCCUCCCCAAUCCCACCCCAUUGUUCUCCUCCUCCACUUCCUCAGAAACCCAUUGGAUCAAAGAAGCACGAGAAUGACCUAGGGCUUGCGAUACGCCCCUGCUUAAUUUGGAAACAAACCCCCAAAGGAGCUGCAUCUAUUUGCGCGCUCCUAUUCUUUCCGCUCAUAUAAUAUACUGCGGAGGAGCUGCAGGAGGAGGAGGAGAGGAGAAGGUAUUAUUAUUAUUACUAUUAUGGCGAGGGAGAAGAUACAGAUUCGGAAGAUCGACAACACGACGGCGCGGCAGGUGACGUUCUCGAAGCGGCGGCGGGGGCUGUUCAAGAAGGCGGAGGAGCUCUCCAUCCUCUGCGACGCCGAGGUCGCUCUCAUCGUCUUCUCCUCCACCGGCAGGCUCUUCCACUUCUCCAGCUCCAGUAUGAAGGAGAUCAUCAAGAGGCACAGUAUGCAUUCAAAGAAUUUACAGAAAUCAGAUCAGCCCACUCUUGACCUGAAUAUGGAGGAUAGCAACUAUGCUAGUUUGAGCAAACAAGUUGCAGAAACAAGCCUUCAACUGAGACAAAUGAGAGGAGAGGAUCUUGAGGGGUUGACUGUUGAAGAGCUGCAGCUGCUAGAGAAGAAGCUUGAAGGAGGUCUGCACCGCGUCCUUGACAUGAAGGAAGCAAAAAUCAUGGAACAGAUCAGUGAUCUCCGGAAAAAGGGGCUGGAUUUAGUGGAAGAAAAUACGCGGCUGAGACACCAAAUGCUCCAGGUAUCCGGGGUUGGGAUAAAUCAUUCUGAAAAUGCUCUCGCUGAAGAUGGGCUGUCCGCUGAAUCAGUGAUGACUGCAUCACAGUCGGGGGGCUCGUUAGAUUAUGAUGACAGUUCCGACACUUCUCUCAAGUUAGGGUUGGCUUGUUGCAGCUGGAAAUGAUGUGGACUAAGUUUGAGAAGAAAUGAGGACUACAAAUAAUGCAGAAAAAAUUGAGAAGCCUGAGAGGUUAGCUGAGGCCAUCCUAAUGGCUUAACAAUUAUGAUGCUUCAUCCUUUGUAUCGCCAAACUAUGCACAUCAACAAAUGCUGGUUCUCUUUAUUGAAGAUACUUUAGAACAUGUGAGUAUUAUACUAUCAGGAUCAUAUUGUAACUCUAUGUCCUUUGUACACUUUGCUAGUACUUGAUGUGUUUUGCUUUUCAUCAUCUCUGGUAUCCUCCUUUUUCUAAGAAUUUUAUGUUUGCUUCUCGUUUUAUUUUUUUGGCCAGCGCUAUGAUGUUUUAGAAAAAUUGUACUAUUGGUUGCUGGACUUUUAAGCCAAAGCUUUACUUUA